AUGGAUCCCGAUAUUAUGAUCGAAGAGCAAGGGGAGAUGACGACCACAUCCCCUUACAGUUUGUCACCUACAAAUCAAAGUUGGCACAACAGCACAGAAAAUAGUCUUAAUGUCUACUAUUUCUACGAUUCGGUCCAAUUCACUGUGAUGUGGGUGUUAUUCGUGUUGAUCGUUGUGCUAAACUCGUCGGUCAUCGCCGCAUUGCUGUGCACCAAUGCAAGGAAGAGCCGGAUGAAUUUCUUUAUCAUGCAGUUGGCUAUUGCAGAUUUGUUCGUAGGUUUGAUAUACGUGUUCGCGGAUAUUGUGCAAAAAAUUACGAUAGCGUGGCUGGCUGGUGAAAUCAUGUGCAAACUAGUGAAAUUUCUACAGGCAGUGGUUAUGUAUGCAUCUACAUAUGUUUUAGUUGCACUGAGUAUAGACCGAUGUGACGCUAUCACCAAUCCGAUGAAUUUCUCUGGCAGUUGGAAUCGUGCACGGGGUCUCAUUGUAUCAGCGUGGCUUAUUAGCGUUGUGUUUUCCAUCCCUAUACUUGUGUUAUAUCAAGUGAAGGAAAUACAAGGUCAGCUACAAUGUUGGAUAGAUUUAGGAGAGUCGCGGAAUUGGCAAAUUUGGAUGACAUUGGUGUCAAUAAUGAUAUUUGUAUUGCCGGCACUGACUAUAGCUGCUUGCUACGCGGUCAUUGUCCUUACGAUAUGGACGAAGAGCAAGGCUGUGGUCAUGAGCCCUCCUGUUAAUUCUAGAAGGACGAAAACCCUUAGAAAUGGGCAGGUGGAAUGUGACCCGGAUUCUCGGCGCGCCAGCUCCAGAGGAUUAAUACCUAGAGCUAAAAUCAAAAGCGUCAAAAUGACUUUUGUCAUUGUUUUUGUAUUCGUCCUCUGUUGGUCACCGUACAUCGUGUUCGACCUGCUCCAAGUGUACGAUCAAAUACCAAUGACCCAGACGAACAUGGCCAUCGCCACCCUCAUCCAAAGCUUGGCGCCCCUCAAUUCUGCUGCCAACCCUUUGAUAUGCUGCAUGUUUUCUCCACACAUUUAUACCAGUUUAAGACGAGUGCCUCCAUACCGCUGGAUAUGGUGCGGUAGGAAGAGACGACGUCACGUGCGCGGGACGGUGCGUUCCCGAUCUGACUCUACCGCUAAUUCUGAUCUUCUAAGCUCAACUCACGCGAGGCGGUCGCACUCUAUAGCUACAAUAUUAAACCGAACACGUAGCAGCAGUAUGUCUCGUGCGCAGGAGCAACGUCGCACGCAGCUCCUUGUUCUCAUACCGCCGCGAGAC